CAAUACAAUCAAUAUGCUGUGCACGAACUUCCUAUCAGUUAAGUUACGUAGCUAAUGAUUACCCUGGGAAAGGUCUUUCGCUAUUGUGUCCCUCCGCUGUUUCCGUCCAUGGGUAAAGGUGAUGUGAAGCUAACUCCUUAGCACUUUUAAGUAAAAAAUAAAUCUACAUUUUACAAGCUGUUGGCAGACGUGUGGGGCACAUUGUGGACAUAUUGAACUGUGUAUAUAGCAUUGGGCUGCUCUUGCCAGAAGACGGUAUAGAACGUUGCUAGCUAACAAAGCACAGGCCUAAUCCACGGUUGCAAGUGAACGGAAGUGGUAGUCUACCUGUCGUGAGAAUGGACUCUUGGGUUCGAUUCAACUCGCAGAGCCAAGCCAAGGAGCGCGUUUUCAGGGCUGCACAGUAUGCCUGUACGUUGCUAGGCUACACUCUCCAGAAGGGUGGGUCAGGUGUUGAGCUCCUGAAGAUGGUGAAACAACUGGAAACGCAUAUAAGCCUAACAAGGAAGUUGAUGCGUCUGGGGAACUCUGCAGAGGCUGUAGAAGCAGCGAAGCGUGCGGUGCACCUCUCAGACAGCGUGCUACGUCUCUGCCUGACCGUGGCCCACCUUAACAAGGCCAUGUACUUCGCCUGUGACAACGUGCUGUGGGCUGGCAAGGCGGGCCUCCUGCCCAAACUGGACCAGGACAAGUGGAGCCAGAGAUCCUUCAGGUACUACCUCUUUGCCCUCAUCCUCAACCUAACCCGGGAUGCCUAUGAGAUCCGCCUGCUUAUGGAGCGUGAGGCCCGCUCCUCCCACGGGGGGUCAAAUGCUACCUGGACCUCCUCUCCUCCCUCUCCAUCCCCCGAGAACGGAGACCUCUCCCACCCCCACCCCUCUUCCUCCUCCUUCCCUGUGGCCAUAUUACCCCUUCUGUCUGAACGCUUCGGCAGACAGUUCCACCUGCUGGGGACGGUGCUGCGCAGCAACCCACCGCUACUGCUGGACCUGCUGAAGAAUGCAUGCGACGUGUUUAUCCCGCUGGACCGGCUGGGCAUCUACCCUACCGGCCAGGGCUUCGUGGGGGCCUGCGGCCUGGCCUCCUCUAUUCUCUCCAUCCUCACCAUCGUCCACCCCUGGCUCAAGCUCAAACCGUGAAGAAGCCAGAAUUUUUGGUUGAAUGUUCAAGCUCAAGUCGAACAUUCCUCAAGCUCGAGCCUGGAAGGAGGCAUUUUGGCAGAACGUUUUAGGUCCGCUGGUAGAAGUCUAGAAGUGCUGUUGUGUCUAAGGAUGCAGCAUGAUGGGUCCUGUACACUGUUUGCUUGGAAAGUUUAGCAAUUUGAGCAGAUCAAGCUCAGAUAAAGGUUGGUGGACUGAAACAGUAAUAUUUCGAAUCAAAGAGAGAAUUUGCAAUUGAGCUUUGUAUUGGAAUUACAUCUUUUGUAUCUUGUUCAUGCUCUAAAAUGUUCAAACACUAAAUUCCCCAAAAGCCAUUUGGUUUGGUAGUUGAGAAGGACCUUCCCCAUGCAAGUGUAUAGUACACACACACACACACACAGAGUAGACGCAUAAACACGAAGUCAAGUUCAUGAAGUUUGUCAGUUGUGACCCAGGCUUUAAAGAAAAACGACCAAAAACUACAUUUUGGUAUUUGUUUCAUUAGUCCAUUGUUGAUGUAGUCCCAAAAUGUUUAAGAUUUAUAAAUACAGAAAUACAGCCUGUAUGAUACAUUUAUCAUGAUGCAAAAUUCAUCAUACCGGGUGUAUUUCUGUAUUUUGAAAGUUAAACAUUUUGGGACUAUAUCAACAAUGGACUAAUGAAACAAAUACCGAAAUGUAGUUUUUGGGUGGAGUUUUGUUUUAAAGUCUGGGUAAAUCACAACUAACGGGCAUUAUGAAGUGCUACACAGCACAAAGAAAGCCAGAAUGUCAUUCAGUGGGUGGAUACUCUGGGAUUUUGACAAUGAUGGCCCUUUAUCUACUUCCCCAGAGUCAUGAACUGGUGGAUUCCAUUUUAAUGAACUCACAAGCUGUUGGGAGCACAUGACAAACCCAAGUAUGUUGAUGAUCUAUAAUAUCUUCUCAGAUGAUUGUGAGGAGCAGCUGUCUUGCAUGUCUCAAGUCCAAACUUCUCUGUCAAAGGGGAGAGACCACGUCCACAAAUACUACUAACUGUCCUCUUUCAUAACUUGCACUUAGUUUAUAACCUUAAUUAGCAUUUGAAAUGGAUCCUGGUCUCUAUUAGGAAAGUGCUUCCACAUCCCUAUACGUACUGUUUCUGUCCUGUUAGUAUUCAAAAUGAUACCAUUGGAUAGGAUUAUCUGUACCUACAGCAUUGUUUUGGGAGAUAGGCCUAUUGUCCAAUGUUAUCCUUGAGGAACGCCGUACAGCUAGAUAUGUGGUACAUCUUCCUCAGUUAAUUAAAGCCAUAACAUAAGAAAGCUUUAUUUCUAUGAAGAGGUGCAAUAAAAUAUUUUCUCAUACCGGG